CUGGCUACGUGGGACUCAGUCCAUGGUCUGAAUGGCAGCCUGAAGGAGAGUCGCAUUGAGAAUGGCAUGCAAGGAGUGACGGUCAAAGUAGUAACACUACUGGUAAGGAACAACUUGUUGACGCUGUGAGACUGUGUUACCAUCCAUGUGCUGUGAAUUGUAAACAUUAUCUAUGUGGUUCCGCAUGUGUGGAACACUGCUGCUGAAAACAUAACUAUUUGAUUCAGCACAUGCACCUAUAUUCAUGUUGUAAGCAUUUCGAUGUGAUAUUGUGUUUGAUUUGGUAUAGGAGGAUCCCUUUGUCAUGGUGGCUGAGAACAUUCUUGGUCAGCCCAAGCGGUACAAAGGCUUCUCCAUCGACGUGCUCGAUGCCUUGGCAAAGAUCCUGGGCUUCAAGUACGAGAUCUACCAGGUCGCUGACAGCAAGUACGGCUCGCAGCUGCCUAAUGGCUCCUGGAAUGGAAUGAUCGGGGAGCUUAUAAACAAAGUACGGCUUUUUUAAUACGGCCCGUGUAACCUGCCAACCUGCCAUAUUAUCCCCAGUAAGAGAAUGGCAUUUGAGACCAUUACGGCUCAAACCAACACAGUUUUGACAUGGUUUCAGUCCCAACUCAUCCCUGUCUGACCGGGGGACGUUUUCUAUAAUUAUUCUCUGUCUGUCCCCAUAGAGAGCUGAUCUGGCCGUGUCAGCCAUUACCAUCACUCCAGAGCGGGAGAGUGCGGUGGACUUCAGUAAGCGCUACAUGGACUACUCUGUGGGGAUCUUGCUGAGGAAACCAGAGGAGAAGAUAAACAUCUUCUCGCUGUUCGCUCCGUUUGACCUGGCCGUGUGGGGGUGUAUCGCUGCAGCCAUUCCCGUGGUGGGAGUUCUCAUCUUCCUGCUAAGCAGGAUGCAGGCACUGAGGACCCAGAAUCCUCCAGUGCCACACCAGCAGCCCGCCACCCAGGCGUCCAACUCCCUGCACAGUGCUAUCUGGAUAGUCUAUGGAGCCUUUGUACAGCAAGGUAGGAUUAACAACUCUCCUAUAUACUAAUUUAGCUUUUAGCUAAAGCAACAUAGGCCAUUUUACAGUAGAAAACUAAUUAUGUAAUUUGUACGCAUCAAAUAUUUAAUGGGAAACAUACAAUUUUAAUGUGCUUGUACUGUAUGCGUCAUUUGUGGGUAACAUUAAAAAAAUGCAUGAUUCAUUAAAAUAUCCUGUGACUAUUUAUGAACUAUUUAUAAUAAACAUCUAAGCCGAUUUAGGUAAUGAAAGUGAUCCUAUGCAUUACAAUGCCAUCCAUAAAGUUGCAUAUACAGUGAAAAAGUCCACAUGGCUGUUUCUGAACCUAUGUUGCUGUCUCAUACAUGUCACACACAUAUGUACAGUAUACAGUAUAGUUCUCAUCGGGCCUGAAAAGUAGAGUUCGGUCCAACCCAAGCCCGGUGAGCUGAAGCCCGAGCCCAGGCCCGGUACGUAAUCACAGAAAUUAAAUGAUCCUGAACCCCCAAAAAAUACAGAUUUCUAGAUAACAGUAUAUUGAUUUAAACUGGUGUUUAAGGCGGGCAGCAGCCUUAAAGGCGGGCAGCAGCGGAGUGAGGAGACGAGAUAACAGCCCUUUGGCCUAAAAAAAAGCGCGGAGAGAGGAAAACACCUUAGUUAUGAUCUAUGAAAAUAUUGUAAUGAAGUAAACUUAUGCAAUUGAAGGCAUGUAUCAAAUAUUUGCUUAUACUGAAACUCCCAAAGUCAUAUCCAACCGUUAUACUAAUUUAAAUCAAGUCAUUUGUGGUCAUCUAGAUGAUGGUUUCAGCACCGUUUUGAUUGGGACAGCACCAUCGCGCUGCUUUGAGACAAGAGUGGGGGACUCGUCUUGAUACAUCAAUCAAUGUCUGAUUUUUUUUUUCUGAAUCUCCGUUUUGAUAUUUGUUAAGAAUUAGGCUGGGAAAUGUUAGCUAAAUUGAGGUGAGUGCUUAUGAACAUCUUUAUUCUAGUUUGCUCAUAUAUCAAAUCAAAUCAAAUCAAAUCAAAUUUUAUUGGUCACAUGCGCCGAAUACAACAGGUGCAGACAUUACAGUGAAAUGCUUACUUACAGCCCUUAACCAACAGUGCAUUUAUUUUAAACAAAAAAAGUAAGAAUAAAAACAACAACAAAAAAAGUGUUGAGAAAAAAAGAGCAGAAGUAAAAUAAAGUGACAGUAGGGAGGCUAUAUAUACAGUAAAAUAAAGUGACAGUAGGGAGGCUAUAUAUACAGGGGGGUACCGUUGCAGAGUCAAUGUGCGGGGGCACCGGCUAGUUGAGGUAGUUGAGGUAAUAUGUACAUGUGGGUAGAGUUAAAGUGACUAUGCAUAAGUACUUACUUAACAGAGUAGCAGCAGCGUAAAAAGGAUGGGGUGGGGGGGCAGUGCAAAUAGUCCGGGUAGCCAUGAUUAGCUGUUCAGGAGUCUUAUGGCUUGGGGGUAGAAGCUGUUGAGAAGUCUUUUGGACCUAGACUUGGCACUCCGGUACCGCUUGCCGUGCGAUAGCAGAGAGAACAGUCUAUGACUAGGGUGGCUGGAGUCUUUGACAAUUUUGAGGGCCUUCCUCUGACACCACCUGGUAUAGAGGUCCUGGAUGGCAGGGAGCUUUGCCCCAGUGAUGUACUGGGCCGUACGCACUACCCUCUGUAGUGCCUUGCGGUCAGAGGCCAAGCAGUUGCCAUACCAGGCGGUGAUGCAACCAGUCAGGAUGCUCUCGAUGGUGCAGCUGUAGAAUUCUUUGAGGAUCUGAGGACCCAUGCCAAAUCUUUUUAGUCUCCUGAGGGGGAAUAGGCUUUGUCGUGCCCUCUUCACGACUGUCUUGGUGUGUUUGGACCAUGAUAGUUCGUUGGUGAUGUGGACACCAAGGAACUUGAAGCUCUCAACCUGUUCCACUACAGCCCCGUUGAUGAGAAUGGGGGCGUGCUCAGUCCUCUUUUUUUCCCUGUAGUCCACAAUCAUCUCCUUUGUCUUAGCUGAUCAGAACAUAAUGCUAUCAUGUUAUGUAGCUUAACAAGUGGAUUUUACUCUUCAGUCGCGUAGUAGGCUGUCCAACUCCCAACCGAAAGCCUGUGACCUGUCUGGUAAUCAAUCAAUGUGAUUUUGUUUAACUGAAUCUCCGUCUGUAUAUUUGGUUUAUUGAUUUCUGCCUGAGCAAGUGGAGAUGGUAGCUCAUGUAUUUGUUUGCUCAUCUAUCACUGAUCAGAAACAUAUAGCAUGCAAUAAUGUAGCCUAAAUCAAGUGUAUUGUUUUUCUACUGUCUCCUGUAGUAGCCUUUAUAUAACGUAUCCACCAUCGAGCUGUGAGAGUACAUCCUGUUUUAUCUGUCUUAACGUAACUUAGGCUACUUCAAUAUAAUCAAUCAAUCAUUACAUCAUUAUGCAACAUACGAGUCAUUCAUGCCUUUAAAUACAAUCAAGCAUAUAUAAAAAAAAAAUGAAAUAACAAAGAAUCCUUGAAUAAUUAAACAAUAAAUAAAUAACUACAUUUUCUGUCUAACAUUCAUUUGAAUACAUUACUCAAAAGCCCUGUGUUUUGAAUGAAUGUUUGAUUAGGAAAACAUUUGGAUCAGUUAAGGGUCUACUUUUGAUAGUUUACAAGGUCCAGCAAGGCAUGUUAGCAGGGUAGUCAUAGGGUGUACAGUGAGGGAAAAAAGUAUUUGAUCCUCUGCUGAUUUUGUACGUUUGCCCACUGACAAAGAAAUGAUCAGUCUAUAAUUUUAAUGGCAGGUUAAUUUGAACAGUGAGAGACAGAAUAACAACAAAAAAAUCCAGAAAAACGCAUGUCAAAAAUGUUAUAAAUUGAUUUGCAUUUUAAUGAGGGAAAUAAGUAUUUGACCCCCUCUCAAUCAGAAAGAUUUCUGGCUCCCAGGUGUCUUUUAUACAGGUAACGAGCUGAGAUUAGGAGCACACUCUUAAAUGGAGUGCUCCUAAUCUCAGCUUGUUACCUGUAUAAAAGACACCUGUCCACAGAAGCAAUCAAUCAAUCAGAUUCCAAACUCUCCACCAUGGCCAAGACCAAAGAGCUCUCCAAGGAUGUCAGGGACAAGAUUGUAGCCCUACACAAGGCUGGAAUGGGCUACAAGACCAUUUGAGGGAAGGAGGUUCUCACCCACUACAAAGAGGAGGGGGACAAAAUCCCUCCUGAGAUGUGUGCAAACCUGGUGGCCAACUACAAGGAACGUCUGACCUCUGUGAUUGCCAACAAGGGUUUUGCCACCAAGUACUAAGUCAUGUUUUGCAGAGGGGUCAAAUACUUAUUUCCCUCAUUAAAAUGCAAAUCAAUUUGUAACAUUUUUGACAUGCGUUUUUCUGGAUUUUUUUGUUGUUAUUCUGUCUCUCACUGUUCAAAUAAACCUACCAUUAAAAUUAUAGACUGAUCAUGUCUUUAUCAGUGGGCAAACGUACAAAAUCAGCAGGGGAUCAAAUACUUUUUUCCCUCACUGUAUUUUGUUAGGAUGUAUCGGCAUUAACAGAUGCCAUUGGAAUAUGGGCUUCUCCUGAUACUGAGACGUGCUGCCUGUUGUGGUCAUGUGGAUCAUCAUUCUCCCGAGUGCACUCCACGCUAUUCAUAUCGCAAAUUGAAACAUUGCAAAUAUCAGAAAGAAAAGUUUUGUUAUGGGCACAGAUUUCUCUGGCUCAGCCAAUAUUGGAAUCCUGGCGCCUCUAGUGUCUGCUGCAGCUGAGAGAGAGUUGGAGUAGGCUAAAAGGUGCGCAGACACCGAAACCGACCCAAUUCAAUUAAUAGAAUUUGAGGCCAGCCAGGUCUUAUAUGUGAAUUGAGUCCUAGUCAAACAUGCCUUAAAAAAACAAGACCGGGCCGGGCCGUCGGGUCCUGUCGGGUUCAGGCUGAGAACUCUAGUAUACUGUCCAUGUAACAUAGUGAUUGCAUUUCAAACUUGUUAAGCUCACAAGAGCACAGUUAAGGUGCCUUUGAAUGAAGAAAAGAUAGGAUAUGUUGGUUGGAAUCCAAGACUGGCAAAAGGAAACAAAUGAGUGUGUCAGCAAGUCCUGUUGAACCCCCAGCUACAUCUAUUACCUCCUGGCAGAGAGCCCAUUGAACCCUUUUAAGCCUAGUCUUCGCUACUGGACAUUAUUUCAAGUGGACACUUUUUACUGUAUAGGAAAGCAAUGGUCAGAUGUAACCCAUUUUUCAUUGAAAGUUAUGGAGCCUUUUUUUGUAAACAAAUGUUUUUAUUGGGUCACAAGGGCAAUACAAGAAUACAAAUAAUAUUUACACUUUUCCAAUUUUUAUAUGUUUUGAAUUUACACACGCUCCCACCAGUCUAUAAUUGUAAUGGUAGGUUUCUUUGAACAGUGAGAGACAUAAUAACAACAAAAAAAUCCAGUCAAAAAUGUUAUGAAUUGAUUUGCAUUUUAAUGAGGGAAAUAAGUAUUUGACCCCUCUGCAAAACAUGACUUAGUUGGUGGCAAACUUAUAAUUGUUUUCAAUUUAUAACAUUUUUGACAUGCGUUUUUCUGGAUUUUUUUGUUUGUUAUUCUGUCUCUCACUGUUCAAAUAAACCUGCCAUUACAAUUAUAGACUGAUAAUUUCUUUGUCAGUGGGCAAACGUAUAAAAUCAGCAGGGGAUCAAAUACUUUUUUCCCUCACUGUAUUCCAAACAUACCCCUGGCGGCCCCACCCUAUUCCCAACCUUGGACAACCCAUAAUGUAUAAAAAAUAUAUAUAUACAUAAACAAAGGUUUUAAUCAAAUUAAAAUAAACAACACACACUGCACUAGAAUAUACACAGCAAAGUCAUUUGCUAAUACAACACCAUCAAGUAAGCAUUUUACUUCACACAUAUCCAACAAUUUAGAGAUUUCUGAGGCGGCUACUUUCCAUGUUUCCAAGGUGCUAGGACUGGCUUUAUUCAUAUGGGCAGUGGAUAACUCCAACAUAAUGAAAGUAUGCUAGCCAUUUCCUUAUAAUGUAUGAAGGUCAUGUGAUGACAACCAGCGCUGAACAACACGUUUUUGGGCAGCUGUCAACCCAGCCAGCCAAACUUUUUGCUGUUUCUCAUUCAGCUGCACAUCUGUAUCAUCGUUAAACAACAGCGGAAUUGGUUCAAGGGGUACAGCUGUUUCUCAUUUCAGCUACAUACCUGUAUCAUCAUUAAACAACAGCGGAAUUGGUUGAAGGGGUACAGUUUUAUCAAUCAUGUCAGAGAGAAUUUACAACACUUUCCUCCAAAACUCAUAAACCUCAGGACAAUCCCAUAUCAUAUGUUUGUUUGUGCCAAGUGUAUUGAGGUUACAUAGGUCACAGUAUGGGCUUUGAGCCUGUUUUGCAUGAAAUCUUACAAGACGUUUUCAGUACGAUCUAUGACAAAGUUUUAAAUGAAUUAAUUGAUGGUUUGGGUUCUUUGAUGAGUGAAAUAUAUUUUCCCAGACAAUCUCCCAAUCAAUAGCCUCAUCAUCGACAGCCAAAUCAUUUACCAUGUUUUAACCAUUGAACGAUAUUUCUGCUUUAAUAGUUGAAGGUGAGAGUAAAUAGCAGACACAAAACCUCUGGAGGGGAAUGUAAAAAUCCACUCUAUUACUGGGUGCCUUCCCAAAUUUGUACCCAAUGGGACCCCAUAGGCAGGAAGCGUUGACCGUAGUCUAAGAUAUAGAAAGAAUAACGACCCUGGCAAAUCAAAACGAAGACGGAGUUCCUGAAAACUAAGAAGACCCUUUGAGUUGAAUAUAUCCCCUAGAUUAUUGGCCCCUUUUGCAGACCAGGCUCUAGACUCAAAAGUUUUAUUACCGGACGUAAUAGCCUUGUUAUGCCAUAGAGGGGUAUGGAGAUGCCAUUUCCAGUUACCACCUACACACUUCUCAACCUUCCUAAAAUUCUCUAUUGUCUUAGAAAUCAUAGGACCAAAAUACAACAUGCAUUUGUUAUUAGAUAUACCAGAAAAUAACACAUCCUGCAAUCUAAUAUGUGAAACAAGUUCUUCCCCAAUAGUUCUCCAAGAGACUGAUGUAGACUGAUCAAACCAUGAUAUAAGUGGUCAUAGCUGAAAAGACUGGUGGUAAAAUAAAAUAAAUUGUCCACCAUUACACUUCUGUCAUUGUAACACCUCAAACCUAAUCUUUGGAUGUUUGCCAUUCCAAAGGUAUUGACGUAUACGUUAUCAACCAUUCCCCAAUGGUGGAGUGAGUGGGAUCAUCAUGCUCAGGAAACUAAUACGUGGCAACACAUUCAUCUUUAGUUUGUAAAGAAGCAGGCAACUUCUCCCAAAUGGUUAAAUCUCGUUCAACCUCCUUGUACAUUUUCUCAUAAUUAAACUUCACCAGACCAUGCAGAGAUGUUUAUAUACUAAUACCCAAAUAAGUGAACUGUGUUUUCAUAGGAAUUGUUGAGGGAAGUGAAACUUUCUUGGCUGCUUCAUUAAGCAACAUUAAUGCUGAUUUUGUCCAAUUUAUCUUAUACCCGGACAGCAAUUUGAAUUCUUCCAAUGUGGAUAAUAAAGAUGAAAUUGAAUUCUGAAUAUCUGUCAUAUAUAGGAGAAUAUAAUCCGCAUAUAGUGAUAUGAUAUGAGAGGAAGAUUUAAUCAGUAUAGGCUAAGCAAUUACAUUCUGCCUUAGAUGUUGUGCUAAAGGUUCUAGCGACAGAAUGAAUAACGUUGGGUAUAGGCCAUCUCCUUAUCUACAUCCCGGGAAAAUAGGGAACGGACUUGAGUGUAUGCCGUUAGUAGACACCAUAGCAACAGGGUUAGCAUAUAACACACAAACCAUAUCGGUAAAAUUAUUUCCCAAACCAAAUUUCUCCAAGACAGCAAGUUAUUUGGAUUUGGUCCAGAUAUUCUGCUUGUUCCUUCUCAACCUAUUGGAAACCUCAUAACUAUAGUUGCUUUAUCUUCCACCCAGUCGGGAUAUUGACAUGUCCUUUCUCUCCCUCUAUAGGAGGGGACAGUGUGGUGAGCUCUGUGGCCCUGAGGAUCGUCAUGGGCAGCUGGUGGCUCUUCACCCUCAUCGUAUGUUCCUCCUACACGGCCAACCUGGCAGCCUACCUCACCGUCUCCCGCAUGGACAACAACGUA